CUCCUGGUCCCCGCCUAUUCCCUCCCUCUAUCCGCCGCUGCCUUCUUCCAGCUCUUCGCACUACACAAGGAAGGAGUCACACAGCGUACCGAGACUACCGCUUCUAUUUUAUUUUAUUACCCCUUCGCCGCACACGGAUACCCGGGCGGAGCCAUGAGCUGGGGCACGGAGCUUUGGGAUCAGUUCGACAAUCUAGAGAAGCAUACACAGUGGGGCAUAGACUUUCUGGAUAAAUAUGCCAAGUUUGUGAAAGAUAGAAUUGAGAUUGAGCAAAACUACGCAAAACAGCUCAGAAAUUUGGUGAAGAAAUAUUGUUUGAAGCGGACUCCAAAAGAUGAAGAGCCCAGAUUCACGUUUUGCAUAGCUUUCUUUAAUAUUCUCAACGAGCUGAAUGACUAUGCUGGGCAGCGCGAGGUAGUCGCAGAAGAAAUAGGGCACAGAGUAUUUGGAGAGUUAAUGAAGUAUUAUUACGAAAUAAAAACAGAACGAAAAAUGCAUCUUCAAGAAGGGCGCAAAGCGCAGCAGUACCUUGAAUCUUGCUUCAAACAAAUGGACAAUAGUAAAAAGAAGUUUGAAAGGGAAUGCAGAGAGGCGGAGAAGGCGCAGCAAACAUUUGAGAGACUAGACAACGAUACCAACGCCACAAAGUCUGAUGUCGAGAAGGCCAAACAGCAGCUAAACAUCCGCACACAUAUGGCAGAUGAAAGUAAAAAUGAAUACGCAGCGCAGCUCCAGAACUUCAAUGCAGAACAACAUAAACAUUAUUAUAUUGUGAUCCCUCAGGUUUACAAGCACCUCCAAGAAAUGGAUGAGCAAAGAACUAUGAAGAUGAGCGAAAGCUAUAGAGGGUUCGCUGAAGCAGAGCGCAAAGUCAUUCCGAUCAUUACAAAAUGUUUAGACGGCAUGGUCCUUGCAGCAAAGUCAGUUGAUGAACGAAGGGAUUCCCAGAUUGUGGUGGACUGUUUUAAAUCUGGCUUUGAGCCCCCUGGGGACUUCCCAUUUGAAGACUACAGUCAGCAUAUUUACAGAACCGUUUCAGAUGGAACUAUCGGCACUCCUAAGUCGGAAGGAAUAAGAGUAGAACAGAAAAUGACAGUCGGGAAAGCGAAGGGCAAGCUCUGGCCUUUUGGGAAGAAACCUAAGGGCCCAGCUUUAGAAGACUUUAGUCACCUUCCCCCAGAGCAGAGACGCAAAAAACUUCAGCAAAGAAUUGACGAAUUAAGUCGAGAGCUUCAGAAGGAAACUGAUCAAAAAGAAGCGCUAAAUAAAAUGAAAGACGUGUAUGAAAAGAAUCCACAGAUGGGUGACCCCAGCAGUUUGCAGCCAAAACUAGCAGAGACUAUGAACAACAUUGAACGACUUAAGAUGGAAAUUCAUAAAAACGAGGCCUGGCUAUCAGAAGUUGAAGGGAAGGUGAUACAGAGAGGAGAGAGGCGGCACAGCACCGAGGCCAAUCAUCUUGUAGCACAAGGAAGAGAGAGCCCGGAAGGAAGUUACACAGAGGACUCCAACCAGGAAGUAAGAGUCCAGCCGCAGCCUCAUAUUCAUCCAGAGUUUGAUGAUGAAUUUGAUGACGAUGAGCCUCUCCCGGCCAUAGGACACUGCAGAGCUCUCUACCCAUUUGAUGGUAACAAUGAAGGCACCUUGGCAAUGAAAGAAGGCGAAAUUAUGUAUAUUAUUGAAGAAGAUAAAGGGGACGGUUGGACAAGAGCAAGAAGACAGAAUGGAGAAGAGGGCUAUGUGCCAACGUCAUACGUAGAUAUUACACUAGAGAAAAAUAGUAAAGGUGCAGUAACCUACAUCUAAAUGUCAUGUGUGCAAAACUUGCUCAGAAAAAAACACGGUUUGUCUGCACUCUCAAAGAUCCGAGGCUUGAUACGUAAAGAUGGAAACUAUUGUUCACUGUGUGAGCGCAGUGCGAAAUUUCACUUUACGUACAAACCAGCAGACAAACAAUAAGGAUGGGAAUCAAUUAGUGGACUUAAACUGCACAAUUAAAUGUUCUUUUAAAAUCAUCCAAUAUUUGAGGCAUUUAAGGUUUUACAAAGAUAUUUUAUUAACUUUUUUUUUAUUUUAUUUUGUUUUUAUUGUAGUAUAUAGACAUAUUUUAGAUUUCUGAAGAUGUUUUUGCCUAUAAAUAUAUAAUUAAAGGGACAUGAAAUCCCAAAUUUGUUUUUCUUGACCCAGAUAGAACAUACAAUUUGAAAUGACUUCUAUCAAUUUUGAUUCAUUCUCUUUGUAUCCUUUUGUUGAAGUAGUUGCAAUAAACUAACUUAGCACAUUGGUAAGCCAAUGACAAGAGGCAUAUAUAUGUGCACUCGCCAAUCACCAGCUAGCUCCCACCUCCUUGAGCCGACCUAGGUAUGCUUUUCAACAGAGGAUACAAAAAGAACUAGGCAAAUUACAUAAUAGAAGUAAAUUGGAAAGUUGUUUAAAAUUGUAUGCUCUAUCUGAAUCAUGAAACCUUUUGGGUUUCAUAUCCUUUUAAAUUUAUAUUGGGUAGUUUACCUUACAAGGUUACAUUUUUCAGUUUUUAUCAAUUUAAAAUACUAUUAAGUGUCAAAAAUCCUAUUUAAUUUGCAUACUGCACACACUGUUAAUCCAUUGUAAAAUAUUACAGGUGGUGGGGUAGCCGACCCCACUUUUGAAGAAAGUAAAUGCAGUAUUUAUUCUGUAAUUAAAAUUGCGUAUUUGUAAACCGACUUGGCGUGUAAAUACAUAACUGCAAAACAACACUAAUUUGGAUCAUCUGUUAUUUCUUUGUAGUUUUUGUUUAGAUCUGAAUAAAUCUAACUAUGUUCUAUA